UUUCCUCUUUGACUUGGAGGAGAAAUUUGAGGAGGACAUGUUCACCUUCCAUGUGUGCGAUGUGGCUCUGAAACAUGCCCCCGAGUUCCGCAGGGUGUAUCUACCAUAUGUAACAAACCAGACAUAUCAGGAGCAAACCUUCCAGCGGUUACUAAAUGGAAAUGCAGGGUUCCAGCAAGUCCUGGAGAGACUGGAAAGUGAUCCAGUAUGCCAGCGCCUCUCACUUAAAUCCUUCCUCAUCCUCCCUUUUCAGCGCAUCACUCGACUUAAACUCCUCCUACAGAAUAUCCUGAAGAGAACUCGCCCUGGGUCUGAGGAGGAAGUGCAAGCGACACAGGCGUACGAUGCACUUGAAAAGCUCAUCAAGGAUUGCAAUGAAAAUGUCCAGCGCAUGAAGAGCACUGAAGAGCUGAUCUACCUCAGCCAGAAGAUUGAAUUUGAGUGCAAAAUAUUCCCUCUCAUCUCACAGUCGAGGCGACUUGUGAAGUGUGGCGAGUUGACAGCACUGGAUUUCAACACCCUGAGUCCAAAAUGGAAAGUUACCACCCGUCCCAUCUACCUACAUCUUUUCAAUGACUGUCUGCUCCUGUCUCGGCCGAAGGAGGGUGGCCGUUUUGUUGUGUUUGAUCAUGCUGCUUUCUCAGAUGUGCGUGGGGAGAAGUGCGAGAUGAAACUGCAUGGAACAAACAAAAAUGUCUUCCGUCUCUUUCUACUUCAGAAUUACCAAGGAAAGAGAGUGGAGUUUUUAUUUCGUACAGAGACACACAGCGAGAAGCUGAGGUGGAUCUCUGCUUUGGCUCCUCCACGAGGAGAACUGGACCUCCUGGAAUGCCCUGAUGCACCACAGGUUCAAUGCAUAAAGACUUACAAGGCUCGGGAAAAUGAUGAGCUGGCUUUGGAGAAAGCAGAUAUCAUCAUGGUUAUGCAGUACAGCAAUGAUGGAUGGAUGGAAGGAGUGAAACUUUCAGACCGGGAGAGAGGCUGGUUCCCCUCAGAACACGUGGAACUCAUCUCCAGCAAACAAGCACGGCAGAAGAACCUGAAGGAGGAACAACGUGUGAAGAAUGCCAAGCAGCAGGUCUUCUGCAAGAAAUAAGACUCUGUUUGGACCUGUACAGUCUCCCUGACAUGGGGAAAACAUCUUUUUUCUAUUGUGCCUCAGAAGAAAUGCCUCUGCGAAGCGCAUAAUACA